AUGAGUGACGAACCGAAUAUAGUUGUCCCCGACUUUCAGAAAAAGUUGGCGGACGUUAUCGCUUUCGAGGAGUACACAUUCAUAUACGAUGUUCAGGAGGGUCUGAUUGACUCGUUCAUCCAACAUCUCCAAGACCAGUCAAUGGCAGACCAGUUAGAGACGGGGAAGGAGAUGGUGGAUGACAGGGUGGUAGAGGCUGAGGAGGAGGUCGAAGAGGCAGAGCAGGAGGAGAACGCGGAGAAGAAGGAGACAGUAGACAUGGGGAUCGACGCAGAAGAAGAGAAGGCACAGGAGAUGGACUCGGCAGUUGAGAACAUGGAGAGAGUGGUAGAAAGGUUACCGGAGGAGGAGGAGAAGUUGGACAUCGAAGAAGAGCAGAUGGAACUUGGAGAUCAGGAUCUGGUGGUAGCUGCUGAGGAGCAGACAGUAGCGGUCGAGGGGGAGCAGAUUGAGGUCGUGCAUGCUGAGGUGGAGCCGGUGAUGGCUAAGGGGGAAAAGGAAGUCGAUGCAAAAGAGGAGACUGAGGAGGCAGCUAAUGCAUCGGAGCGGGUAGAUGCAGCAGAAGAGGAGGAGGAAGAGGAUAUGCAGGUACAAGAGGAGCAGUUUGAGGCAAAUGAUGAAAUGGCCGAGGAAAAGAUGGAGGCAAAAGAGGAGCAGGUUGUUGUUGCUGAGGAGCAAGAAGUUGUGGCUGAAGAAGAGGAGGUGGUUGCUGAUGAGAAGCAAGUAGUCUCGGCUGAAUUGAAGGUGAAGGCUGAGGUGGAACCGAUCAAGGAUGGAGAGGAGCGGAAUGGGGCUGUUGUGGAGCAGCUGGAGACUAAGACUGAGGGAGCGGAGCAGGUCUUGAUGUGUGAGGAGGAGAAUGCCGAAAAGGCGAAGUUAGAGGGGCAUCUGGAGAAGGAUGAGCAGAAGCUGUCCGAUGAGGCUGAGGAAAAGCAGUCUGAGGAGACUGGGCAGAAGCAGUCUGAGGAGGAUGAGGAGAAGCAGUCUGAGGAGGCUGAGGAGAAGCAGUCUGAUGAGGCUGAGGUAAAGCAGUCUGAUGAGGCUGAGGUAAAGCAGUCUAAGGAGGCUGAUGAGGAGCAUUCUAAGGAGGCUGAGGAGAAGCAGUCUGAGGAGACUGAGGAGAAGCAGUCUGAGGAGGCUGAGGAGGAGCAUUCUAAGGAGGCUGAGGAGAAGCAGUCUGAGAAGGCUGAGGAGGAGCAUUCUAAGGAGGCUGAGGAGAAGCAGUCUGAUGGGGAGCAAGGUGAAGCCGACAAGCCGAUGGAGGAGAAUGCUGGGGCAGUGGAGUUGGAGGAUUUCGAGAAGGCAGAUUGCGAGCAGGAGGGUGAUGAUGAGAAGAAAGAUCGUAUUAGAAGGAGAACCAAGUGGUGGAAACUUCUUUGUUGUUUUGGUUGGAGGAGGCGAAGGAGGAGGCACCUUUCAGAAUAA